GUCUCCGAUUGAGUUCCUGCUUCUCGGGCCUCGCAAAUAGUCCGGACACCCAACUCUAGGUUUCUGCUCUGCAAAAAGUCCCCUUGAAAACGUAAUUACAAAACGGAUUCCACCACUUUGUAAGCGACGGAACCGCGCCGCAAGUGAAGCCCCGCCCCCAGUACGACAGGCCGGAUAGCAGCGGCGCCAGAGUCCCAGGAUUGCUAGACUACACACACACAUACACGCUUGACAAGGGUGCUUCCUCGGCCUUCCCAGGAACCAACACGGAACGCCUCCAGACUCCCUCUUUGAUGAAUCCCUCCGCACUGAAUCUGCUUGGGGGUCUAUACAUGCAAGAUAGCCGAGUGCUGGAUGAUUAACGAUGGAACAGAAAGCCUUGCGGAGAACAGCAUCCAUACCCCAGUUUACCAAUUCUCCCACAAUGGUGAUCAUGGUGGGUUUACCAGCUCGAGGCAAGACGUACAUCUCCACAAAGCUGACACGAUAUCUCAACUGGAUAGGAACACCAACUAAAGUGUUUAAUUUAGGCCAGUAUCGCCGAGAAGCAGUGAGCUACAAGAAUUAUGAAUUCUUCCUACCAGACAACAUGGAAGCCCUACUUAUCAGGAAGCAGUGUGCCCUGGCAGCCCUCAAGGAUGUCCAUAAGUAUCUCAGCCAUGAGGAAGGUCAUGUUGCGGUUUUUGAUGCCACCAACACCACCAGAGAACGGCGGUCACUGAUUCUGCAGUUUGCUAAAGAACAUGGCUACAAGGUUUUUUUCAUUGAAUCUAUUUGUAAUGACCCUGGCAUCAUUGCAGAAAACAUCAAGCAAGUGAAACUCGGCAGCCCUGAUUACAUAGACUGUGAUCGGGAAAUGGUUCUAGAAGAUUUUCUAAAGAGAAUUGAGUGCUAUGAAGUCAACUACCAACCUUUGGAUGAGGAACUAGACAGCCACCUGUCCUACAUCAAGAUCUUUGACGUGGGCACACGCUACAUGGUGAACCGAGUGCAGGACCACAUCCAGAGCCGCACAGUCUACUACCUCAUGAACAUCCAUGUCACACCCCGCUCCAUCUACUUGUGCCGGCAUGGCGAGAGUGAGCUCAACCUCAGGGGCCGCAUCGGAGGAGACUCUGGCCUCUCAGCUCGGGGCAAGCAGUAUGCCUAUGCUUUGGCCAACUUUAUUCGGUCCCAGAGUAUCAGCUCCCUGAAGGUGUGGACGAGCCACAUGAAGAGGACGAUCCAGACAGCAGAAGCUCUCGGUGUCCCAUAUGAGCAGUGGAAGGCCUUGAAUGAAAUUGAUGCGGGCGUCUGUGAGGAGAUGACCUAUGAAGAAAUCCAGGAACACUAUCCUGAAGAGUUUGCACUACGAGACCAGGAUAAAUACCGCUACCGUUAUCCCAAAGGAGAGUCCUAUGAGGAUCUUGUUCAGCGUCUGGAGCCAGUUAUAAUGGAGCUGGAGCGGCAAGAGAAUGUGCUGGUGAUCUGCCACCAGGCUGUCAUGCGGUGCCUCUUGGCCUACUUCCUGGAUAAAAGUUCAGAUGAGCUUCCCUAUCUCAAAUGCCCUCUACACACAGUGCUCAAACUCACACCCGUGGCUUAUGGCUGCAAAGUGGAGUCUAUCUACCUGAACGUAGAGGCUGUGAACACACACCGGGAGAAGCCUGAGAAUGUGGAUGUCACCCGGGAACCUGAGGAAGCCCUGGACACUGUCCCUGCCCACUAUUAAGCCUUCCAAGAGGCCGAAAGACCGCUUGGCUCACUGUUUUCUACCUUUGGGAACUCAUGUCCUUGUUCUUCACCCUGAGAAGACUGCCUUGGCCUCACUGGCAGAACCCUACUUUCGGUGAAGAAGUCCUCAGGAGUUCCAAAAUAGUUCUGUUUCUGGCCCCGUGGAGCUAUCUGGCUCUGGAGGAAGUUCUUGCUUUUUAAAUUCCUAUUCUAUAAUCAAUAAAGACUUCUUUUUCUGCCUACAGGAA